AUGGCGGAUCGAACGAAUCCGUUGCUGCUGCUGAUCUGUCUGACGCUGUGCUCGGUUUCGGUGCACGCUUCGUCAGCUUGUACCACUCCGAACGGGGCACCGGGAAUGUGUGUUCCGGUGCGCAGCUGUAUGUACGUGAGGGAUUUCAUCGCCAUGCCAUCGCACCACUUUCAAGACACCGACUACCUGGAGGGACUGAAAUGUAGCGCUACGAACGGAACCGAUCGUUUGUUGGUGUGCUGUCCGCGUCUCUUGAGCGAGCCCAACUGUGGUCCCAUGGUAGCGUUCGGUACCCGUGUCUAUGGUGGCGAUGAUACCGAGAUCGCCGAGUUCCCGUGGCUGGCCCUGCUACGGUUUCGGGCCCGGAACGGCAAGCUGUUCAUCUCCUGUGCCGGUUCACUUAUCAGUCGCCGGUUCGUGCUGUCGGCGGCUCACUGUUUUACGGAGGCGAAGAAAAAAUUCCAAGUUCUUGACUCCGUGCGGUUGGGCGAGUGGAACUUUAAGAACCACCGGGGAAGAAGCGACUGCAAGAGCGUCGCUGACCGGCGCGUCUGUCGCAAAGACUAUCAAGUUGUCCGCGUUACACUCUACCCCGAGUAUUCGGUCAAUGUGGCGGCCCAUCUGCACGAUAUUGCCCUCAUCGAGUUGGUCGGUGAAGUGGAGUUGAACGAGUUCGUGGCACCGAUUUGUUUACCACAAAGUUUAGUCGAAGUCGAAGCGCCUUCGGAGUAUAUGGCGGCUGGUUGGGGAGCUACUUCGACCGAAUCAGACAGCAUGACCCAUGUGCUGCAGAAGAUCCAACUAAACCAGUUCGAUAAGGAACGGUGCCGAAAGGCGUACCCCGUGCCCGAUGACAACGGAAUCGGCGAGGGUCACAUUUGUGCAGGAGGAAUCGAGGGCCAGGAUACGUGCCACGGAGACUCCGGGGGUCCACUGAUGGAGUCCGUGGACGGUGUGUGGUACUUGGCCGGUAUCACCAGCUUCGGGUGGCCCACCUGUGGAAAGCAAGGUGUGCCUGGGGUCUACACGAACGUAAGCCAUUACCUCGAUUGGCUAGGGUAUGAAGUGUUCCGUGGUUCCUACGUUUAG